UUUUUUCCUGUUUGGUGUUCCUCUGUUCCCCUCUGUGUAGGCAGCCAGAGGAGUGCAGGAGUGGGAGGGAAGCAGACGUAGACGCUGAGCACAGCGAGAGAGACGGAGACAGAGAAAGAGAGAGUGAGUUUUCUUUAGGAAGUCAAGCACGACAGAAGAGGACAAGCUUCUUUUUUUUGUCUCCCCCCCCCACCACCACCCACAGGACUAGUCUGACUUAAAGUAGCUAUUUCUUCUGCUUGUGUGUGAGGAAAAAAAACCCCAACAACAACAAAAAAACACCGUUACCUUUGAUACCUUUUCUUUUUUCCAUCCUCCACACGUAGUCUUUCUCCUACACGUUGUGUAUGCAUUGCUUUCAGCAGAAGGACGUCUGCAGCAGUAGCAGCGGCUUUGUAAACGGAAACAAUCUCUUAAGGAAAGGCAAUCAACGGAGUUUACGGAGCUGUGGAUCAGUCAUGCCCAUGAGAGGCUGGAGGGCAUGGAAGUGGGCACUGUUCCUGUGUGGCGCCCUGUUCGCCCACCGUGCCACUGCUUGCCCGGCUCUGUGCACCUGCAGCGGCACCACCGUGGACUGCCACAACCUGGGGCUCAAGAGCAUUCCCAGGAACAUCCCGAGGAACACGGAGCGACUGGAACUGAAUGGAAAUAACUUCACCCGCAUCAACAGAAAUGAUUUUAGUGGACUCAAAUACCUCCGUGUUCUGCAGCUGAUGGAGAACCAGAUUGGAGCCGUUGAGCGGGGAGCCUUUGAUGACAUGAAAGAACUGGAGAGACUACGUCUAAAUAGGAACCAACUCUACCAGCUGCCAGAGCUACUGUUCCAGAAGAAUGCUGCUUUGUCACGACUAGACCUCAGUGAGAACUUCAUCCAGGCCAUUCCUCGCAAGGCCUUCCGUGGAGCUACAGACAUCAAGAACCUUCAGUUGGACAAAAAUCACAUCGGUUGUAUUGAGGAAGGAGCAUUCCGGGCACUUCGAGGGUUGGAGGUUUUAACACUAAACAACAACAACAUCAGUGCCAUACCAGUGUCGAGUUUUAACCACAUGCCCAAGCUGAGGACGUUUCGUUUGCACUCGAAUAACCUGAAUUGCGACUGCCACCUGUCCUGGUUGUCCCAGUGGCUGCGCCAGAGGCCCACACUCGGUCUGUUCACGCAGUGCUCAUCUCCACCACAGCUCCGUGGGAUCAACGUGGCUGAGAUCCAGAAACAUGAGUUCAGUUGUUCAGGUCAUUCAGAUAGUUCCAGCCCACAUACAUGCAGUCUUGCUUCUGGCUCCUGUCCUACCAUGUGCACCUGCAGCAAUAAUAUCGUGGACUGCAGGGGGAAAGGACUAACAGCCAUCCCCGCCAACCUGCCUGAAAACAUGGCUGAAAUACGACUAGAACAGAAUGGCAUCAGGUCCGUCCCACCAGGAGCGUUUUCGCCUUACAAGAAGCUGCGCAGAAUAGACCUCAGCAACAACCAAAUAUCUGAGAUUGCUCCUGAUGCCUUCCAAGGCCUGCGUUCACUCAACUCUCUGGUGCUGUAUGGGAAUAAGAUCACAGAGUUACCGAAAGGCGUGUUCGACGGGCUCUAUGCCCUCCAGCUGCUACUACUGAAUGCCAAUAAGAUACACUGCGUCCGUGCUAACGCGUUCCAAGACUUGCAGAAUCUUUCCCUGCUGUCUCUCUAUGACAAUAAGAUCCAAACUUUAGCCAAGGGUACCUUUUCCUCACUACGUGCCAUUCAGACACUUCAUCUGGCCCAGAACCCAUUUAUCUGUGACUGUAACCUCAAGUGGCUAGCUGACUAUCUCCGUGCCAACCCGAUCGAGACGAGUGGAGCCCGGUGUGCUAGCCCACGCCGCCUUGCUAACAAGCGCAUUGGCCAGAUUAAGAGCAAGAAGUUUCGCUGUUCUGCCAAAGAGCAGUACUCCAUUCCAGGCACGGAGGACACCAGGUUGAACAACGAAUGCAACAAUGAACCCGUCUGUCCAGCCAAAUGCCGCUGUGAAUCCAACGUUGUAGACUGCUCCAAUCUGCGCCUCACCAAGAUCCCUGAACACAUCCCAGCCUCCACUACUGAGCUUCGUCUGAACAACAAUGAAAUCACUUCUCUGGAAGCUAAUGGUGCAUUCAAGUCUCUAACACAGCUGAAGAAAAUAAAUCUCAGCAACAAUAAGAUUGCUGAGAUUGAAGAUGGUGCGUUUGAGGGCGCGUCAUCUGUCUCGGAGCUUCACUUAACCGCAAAUCAACUGGAUUCUGUGCGCAGUGGCAUGUUCCGGGGUCUGGAGGGGCUCCGGAUGCUGAUGCUGCGCAACAACCGUAUUAGCUGCAUCCAUAACAACAGCUUCACUGGCUUGUACAAUGUUCGUCUACUGUCCCUCUAUGACAACCAGCUGACCACCAUCUCACCUGGAGCUUUUGACACUCUUCAGACCCUCUCGACUCUGAACUUGCUGGCCAACUCCUUUAACUGCGACUGUCGGCUUGCAUGGCUGGGCGACUGGUUGAGGACUCGCAAGAUUGUCACCGGCAACCCACGUUGUCAGCGCCCUGCUUUCCUGAAGGAGAUUCCACUGCAGGAUGUGGCUCUGCCAGAUUUCCGCUGUGAAGACGGCCAAGAGGAUGCCAGCUGCUUGCCGCGCCCACAGUGCCCGAGUGAGUGUACUUGCCUGGAGACAGUGGUCCGCUGUAGCAACAAACACCUUCAUUCCCUCCCGAAGGGCAUCCCACGUAAUGUUACUGAGCUGUACCUGGACGGCAACCAGUUUAGUGUCGUGCCAAAAGAGCUUGCCACCUUCAAGUAUCUGCAGCUGGUUGACCUGAGCAACAACAAAAUCAGCACCUUGACGAACUCUUCCUUCGCAAACAUGAGCCAGCUCACCACAUUGAUCCUGAGUUACAACGCACUUCGCUGCAUUCCGACACUUGCUUUCGCAGGUCUUCGCUCUCUCCGUCUGCUGUCCCUGCACGGUAAUGACAUCUCCGAGUUUCCUGAUGGGAUCUUCAGUGACGCAGUGUCUCUGUCUCACUUGGCCAUCGGAGCAAACCCACUGUACUGUGACUGCCGCUUGCGCUGGCUCUCAGACUGGGUGAAGACGGGUUAUAAGGAGCCGGGCAUUGCUCGCUGCAUCGGGCCGCCUGAAAUGGAGGGAAAGCUACUCCUCACGACACCAGCCAAGAAGUUUGAGUGCCUUGGUGAAGCUGACCCAUCUGUCCUGGCUAAGUGUAACCCAUGCCUGUCUAAUCCCUGUAUGAACCAUGGCACAUGCCAGACAGAUUCAACAGAACUGUAUAAGUGCACAUGUAUAGAAGGCUUCAAGGGAAAGAACUGCGAGACUGCUCUCAACGCCUGCAUCAGUAACCCAUGUGCUAAUGGUGGAGCAUGCCAAGUGACCGAAGGAGAAGAUAGUUACAUUUGUUCAUGUCCCCUGGGAUUCGAGGGCCAAAGAUGUGAAAUCAACAUUGAUGACUGUGAGGACAACGACUGCGAGAAUGGAGCAACCUGCAAAGAUGGUGUGAACAACUACACGUGCUUGUGUGCACCUUAUUACACAGGAGAAAUGUGUGAAGAACUGGAAGACCUGUGCACUCCUGAACGCAGCCCCUGCAAGCACCAGUCCACCUGUCUCAUCACAGCGGCUGGCCCGAAGUGUGUGUGUGUGCCUGGAUAUGUGGGAGAUGACUGUAGUGUGGACUAUGAUGACUGUCAGGAACACAAAUGCCAGAACGAUGCAGACUGCCUGGAUGAGAUCAACGGUUAUUCCUGCGUGUGCACCCGAGGCUACAGUGGGCAGCUGUGCGAGGUGCCACCUGCACCACUUUCCCCCUGCCAGCUGGCUGACUGCCAAAAUGAUGCACCGUGUGUGGAGCGAGCAGGCCGGGCACUGUGCCAGUGUCUGCCCGGCUUCGGUGGCCCACGCUGUGAGAAGCUGGUCAGUGUCAAUUUUGUGGACCGGGACUCAUAUCUACUGCUGAGCGACUUGAAGAACUGGCCUCAGGCCAACAUCACCUUGCAGGUGUCCACUGCAGAGGACAAUGGCAUCCUCUUGUAUAAUGGUGACAAUGAUCACAUCGCUGUGGAACUCUUCCAAGGUCACGUCAAGGUCAGCUACGACCCUGGCAGUCAACCCGGCCAUGCCAUUUACAGCACGGAGACCAUUAACGAUGGUCAGUUCCACACGGUGGAAUUGGUGACCUUUGACCAGAUGGUGAACCUAUCGAUUGACGGGGGCGUGCCCACCACCAUGGGCAGCGUAGGAAUAGUGAGGCCCCUCAAUGGAGACACUCCGCUAUACGUGGGGGGUAGGGGCCCAGCGCAGAUACCUCGCUCCACUGCAGGCAUGCCUGUUGAUGUGCACGCGUCCAUAGCGCCACAUGCAUGGCACAUUCAGAACGGUUCCAGUUUCCAUGGCUGCAUCCAGAACCUGUACAUCAACAACGAGCUGCAGGAUUUCACCAAGACCCAGAUGAAGCCUGGCGUGGUGCCUGGCUGUGAGCCAUGUCGAAAGAUUUACUGUCUGCAUGGAAUCUGUCAACCAGACGCCGCUCUUGGCCCCGUUUGCCAUUGCCAGCCAGGCUGGAGUGGCCAGCACUGCGAUCAGCCCACUGCCAACCCAUGCCAGGGCAACAAGUGUGUGCAUGGAAAAUGCAUCCCGCUGGACAUGCAGUCCUACCGCUGUGAAUGCCAAGAAGGUUACCGUGGUGCUCUGUGUAACCAGCAGGGAGAACUCUUCAACCCGUGCAGAAGGUUACAGUGCAAGCAUGGCCGCUGCCAGAUUUCAGACUCGGGUGAUGCGUACUGCCACUGUGAGAAUGGAUACACUGGAGAAUUGUGCGAUCAAGAGUCAGAGUGCCGUGGUGAGCAAGUGCGGGACUUCUACCAGGUGCAGCGUGGCUAUGCAAUCUGCCAGACGACACGCAUGCUCUCGUGGGUGGAAUGCAGUGGAGCAUGCCAACCAGGAGCCUGCUGUGCCAGCCAGAGGACCAAGCGCCGCAAAUACACAUUUGAGUGCAGCGAUGGCACUUCGUUCAGCGAAGAGGUGGAGAAGAGCAUCAAGUGCGGCUGUGUGGGCUGCAUGUAGUGCAGAGAAGGGAGGCAGAGAGAACGCGAGAUAGAGAGAGAGAGAAAGACAGAGAGAGAUGGCACGAGUCAGAGAGUAUACAGAAAUAUAUAAUAAAACUAUAUAUUAUGGACAACGACAUUUGUAAAAUAGAGGACUUUUUUUCUCCCUCCGUGAACUCCCAAAGGGUGUACGGCGUAAGACAGAGCCAAAACAAACAAACAAAAACAAACAAAAAAUAUGUUGUAUCUGUGAAAUGUUGUCAGAAAAAUGAGCAAAAAAAAAAAAAAACGGUGGCUGAGAAGUCAUAAGGUGUCGCACGAUUUCCAUUUCCAUUUGAUUGCUUCUUUCCAUCCAUUCGCUAGGCCUCAGGCAGCCUCAGAGCAACAAGCAAAGAGGUUCAGGCUUUCUUGGGUAGAGCGCUAGAGAAGCAGUGGACGAAGAAACAAGGCUUUUUUUUUUUCUGCACACGCAGCACAGGGGCUGUCCUCUUUGUAAAUGAGUGUCUCAGUAACACCAAUGACACACAGUCCCACUACUGUCAAUAACACUGAACUUUUCUAUAAAGUACCUCUACAUCUAUACACACACCUACAGACAUAAUCUAUAUCACAGACAAUGUAUACUGACUAACCGACCAUACUGGACCAUGUCCAAGCAAGUACAGCAUUAGAUAUAUGACAUGAUAUGAUAUAUGAUAUGAUAUGAUGCUACAGGCAUGUUGGGCUAAUAAGCGAGUAGCUUUGAGAAGCUCAAAAAAUCAUCCAGUGAGGGCAGGACAAGAGAUAAUGUGUUAGAAAAUGCCACAAAGGACGUAUGUGUGUGUGUGUGUGUGUGUGCUCCUAACUUACAAGCUAGCUACCUGUUGUGCUUAGCCUCCCAUUAACGGUAUUGAGAGCACAAGCUUCUGGUGCCAUUAACUUGUACAUCAACUUACAGACAGGGUUGAGCAACCUUCAGAAACUUCUACAGAACAUCCUGUGAAGGUUUGGGCCCUUCAGCUCUUUAUUUAUCCACGCUUGUCUGUGGAUGAUAGUUUUCUUGUCUUUUUUUUGUCAGUUUGUUUCUUGCACUGUCAUUUGCGUUACAGUUUAAAUGGAGCGUACAUAUUCAGAUGAUACUGCUGAAUAUUGAAGUGUUUUUGUUGUUGUUGUUGUUGUUGUUUUUUUUAUUGUGGUGUCCACCAUGACACAAGGACUGUAGUUAAUAUUCUUAAGACCCCAGUAUAGCCAAAUGCAUUGUCUUUUUAGUUUGCAUCAAUGAAUUCGUGUAGGUGUGUUUAAUAAAGAGCCCUUCCCUCCGUUUUCAGAUUAUAUUUGUCUCCGCUUGCGACGCUGUAUUUGUACAGCUGAGUGGUAUUACUGCAUUGCACACGAUACACACCAGCCGACAGCGUCCUGUGGCACCAUUCACCCAGCAUGCAUUGCGUUUCCCCUUCCCUCUCCUUCAAUGUGAGCAGGAGGAAUCUUAUGUUCUCCUCUCAAAUGCCUGCAGUAUUACUUGUGCAAAUUUUUUGCAUGUUCAAAAGACUUGCAAUUUGAUAUUUAAACAUCGUUAUUACUCAUUUUUGUGUCCUAAUUUCAAUGCUUUUUUUGCAUUGCUUUCUUUGACGUUUUGGUUUCCUGAUGUAUCCUAACUCAUUUAGCCCUCUCUUUAUACAGAAAUGCCUAACAGAUUCUAAUAUAUAUUUGUAUUUCAUUUUUUUGGUAUAGUAUUUUUAUAUGUUAAAGAGUUAGUCUGUGUUUUUCGGAAGUUACUAUCGGAAAAAAGGCAGAAUGACAUUUGGCGGACUUCAUUGGUAUGAUUUUUUUUUUUUAUUUUAACUCUAUUCAUAGCAAGCUAAAAACUAGUUUGUAAUUGGACAAAAUUUAAAUAAAUCAAUAAAUUCAAAACCCAGUGGCCUCAUUUUAAUCAGAGCCAGUAUUGAUUUAGAGGAAACUUUAAUAUUGUAUAUGUUGUCUUCCAUGUGUAUAUUACAUCUAAUACUGUGUGCUUUUUUUAUUUUAUUUAUUUUUUAUCUAAAGGCUUCCUGAUCUAGAAGUGGCAGAAUAAUGUUACAGAUUUUAAAUAACAAAAUUUCCUUUUUCUUUCUUUUUCUUCAAAUGAACAUAAAAGUUUUUAAAAAAUCCAAAACUUUCUUUAAAAUCUGUAUUUAUGAUAUGAUUGUUAAAGCUAGAAAGGGCUGCCUAACACAUUCCGGUUUCCCGAGCCAGAAAGUUGAGAGGCCUAAACACAACUACAAGCAGAAAAGAUUGUACCUCCAUCGUUCUUUGUUAUAAUUUGUAUUUUUUAUAAAUAUAUUUUAACUGGUGUUUAUGACUUUAAUUUCACAAAAAGAAAGCCUACACAGAAUGCAUAUAUCGGGUUACUCCUCACUAAUUGCUUGCUUUGUCAGGAUCACCCAAGCAUCGUUGCCAACAUCAUAGACUUUUUUGAUAGAUAUUUAAAGAGUUGUACUCUUUAGUGAAGUGGUAUCUUUUAGGAGUAAAUUAAUGUGUCUAAUGUUCACUCUGCUAUCUAAAAGUAAAGUCAUUUCUUUUUUUUGUGAAUGGCGACAAACUUCAUCCUGUAUUUUUCUGCUGCUGUGGAUGCUAAAGCACUCAUUUUUUUAUAACCCCAUUCAAGCCUUGUCUUCUUAUAGCGCUUCUUCUUCUUCUUCUUCUUCUUCUUCACUGAACAGCACGGCUGUUAGGUGGAGGUGAACUGUUAACCCAUGAAGGUAUGUUGCAUGGUUCCAAUGCACUUUCCAUGCUUUCCAUGUCGCUCUCCGGUCAUUUUCCCGUCAAGACUUUGAGAUCUCAAACAGAUCCCUUCAUAAACCCUCUAUUUUCCUAAGCUAUACUCCUGAACAUGUAUUGUGAACAAUGCAGUGUCUCUGUUGUAUUGAUUUUUUUUUUUAAUUGCUGCAAGAGCUCUUAAAUGUUCGCUAACUAUCAAAUGUGCUUCUGUUGUUUUUUUGUGCGUCUCUGGGAUUCGAUGGUUAUAAUUGAUCAUUGCAGUAAAUCUGAAUGUAAGUAGUGCCACCGACAAAAUGUUUACUGAAAACUCCACCCUUUUCAUUCAUUAAAAUGUGUGUGCUUUUAUUAUGUAA